AUGAAGAACCUCCAAAUAAAAGGUACCACAGGAAGUGAGGAACCCAGCAAAUGCUUGCUUGCAGUCUCUGAGGGUGAAGUUGAUUCAGCAACAUCACUUGCCUUAGAAAUGAAAUAUGCAUUGGAUCCCAACCGACAAAUCAAGAAGAGAAACAAAGCCCUACAGGUGAGAUUCAAAGACAUUGAGGCCCAGAAUGAGCAAAGGGAAAAACAGCUCUCUUUGUUACAGCAGACCGACCAAAAGGAAGCAAAAUCCAUCUCUUACAGAGCAGCUUACCGAAAAUACAUGACAGUGCCUGCCCGAAGAUCAAUCCCUAAUGUUACUAAAAGUACAGGAGUUCAAACUUCACCUGAACUUAAAAAGUGUUACCAGACCUUCCCUUUGGACCGGAAAAAGGGAAAUAUAAUCAAAAGCAUAGCUUCAGUUGACACUUUUCCAAGUCAAAAUAAUGGAUUCCUAAUUGAUGUUAAAGAGAAAGACAGCAAAAUCUCAGGAGAGGCUGUUCAGUGCAGCAAGAAAGUCACUGGAUAUGUGACAGCUGAAUUUAUUUCACAUACUAAUGAACGCAUGAACGCAAUAGAGCCGCUUUCUAAGGACAACUGUUUGGAGACAUGUAUAAGCACUGAUUUGCACAGCUGUAGUAAAGAAUCUCCUUCUCUACAGGACUCAGCAGCUUCAGUUUUAGAAGAGCCUGAUUACUCUUUGCAUGACAAAGCAAAACACCACACUGGGCCAUUGAGGUACGAGGAAGCUAAUCCAGCCAGCCAAGGAAAAGUGUUCAAGACAGAAGUAGCUUCUGUCUACUUGCCCGCAUCUGGUUCACACACCUCACUGGCUGACCAGCAACAUUCGGCAGCAACAGGGAACUGGUCCCUGUGUCCAGCCGAGGAGGAGGACAGAAAAAGAACUCUGCAUCUUAAUGGUCUGCAGUCACAAGCUGUAAGUACAGUUCAGGCCUGUCCCAUGCAGGCACAGUGCCAGUCUACCCAAUGUAACGAACAGACCCUUCUGGUAAAUGUUUCAUCUAUGGAAGGAAAACAGCCUUGUCAGACAGCAGUUGCUGUGAGUGAAGGAUGUCAACAAAUUGUGCCUCACACUGAAGUAGUAGAUUUGAAAGCACAGUUACAGAUGAUGGAGAAUCUGAUCAGCUCCAGUCAGGAAACCAUAAAGGUCUUGUUGGGUGUUAUUCAGGAGUUGGAAAAGGGAGAAGCUCAUAGAGAAGGAUAUUGUUCCAAGGGGAAAAACUUUAUGUCGAAAUCGGACCUUGACUAUGUAAUGAAAGCUUCUUCUCAUUUGUUGAGACUUGACCCAUUAAAGCUUUCAUAUCGGACUGGUCAAGACACAUCCAAUUGUGACACAUGUAGGAACAGUGCGUGUAUAAUCUAUAGUGUGGAAUUAGAUUUUAAGCAGCAAGAAGACAAACUUCAGCCAGUUCUGAGAAAACUUCACCCUAUUGAGGAAACUCAGGUUGCACCUUUGCCUUAUUCUCAGGAGAGUUACUCCUCAACUCCCAAGCAAAAAUCCAAAACUGAAUCAAAAAAACAUGGAAGAUGGAAACUCUGGUUUCUUUAACUAAAUCCGUAUUAUAUGGAAUUUAAGGUCGCCUUCAUUUUAAAAAAAAAAACUACAUCCACAUGAACUUGUGGAGUUUUUAAAAAAGGAUCAUAGUAAUUUGAACAGGUGACUGUCAGCAAGUGUUACUCUGACAAUAUUAAGAAAGCAUUCUUUCUCACCAUAUGUACCAAAAAAGGCCUUUGUACCUAUGAAUGAACUUUCAGGAGUAAGGCAUUCAAAUUUCAUACCUUGUCAACUUUUUAUUUGAAUUUCACCAAUGUGGGAUGUUAAAGAAUUUUUAAAGCCAGGAUAGAAAUUCAUGUUAGCAAAAAGAAAAAGUAUAAUUACUUGCCCAUCGUUCCUUUGUUAAAAAUUACAUGUUAAUGUUAUUUUUCAGAGUCUAGAUUUUGUUUUUACUCUUUGGUUUCUUUCUUGUAAAAGAAAGGGCAGAAUGUUUUUCCCCUGAAGUCGUUCACUGUAUAUUUAAUUUUCCACAUAUAAUGCUGGGGUGGGUAGAACCAUUUUCAGCACAUAGAUAUCCUGAGGAAAGCACAAUAUUUUCAAUGGUCUGAGACCAUGAAUAAUCUUUUAAGAUAUGAUUAUGUGUAUACUUGCCUUUAUGUGCUGUAGCAUUAUGCCAAGUGAUUGCACCUCAGUGAAAUGCUGGCACCUUUGAUUUACUGUCAUUUUCAUCACAUAACCUACUGCUCACUUUAAAUGGUGAGCAGUCAAAAGCCACCUAAAGUCAGGGCAUGCCUUUAAUUACUGGCAGUUGACAGGGUCAAAGCUAAGGACACUAAGCUCUCUUAGAUAUUAUUUUUAAUCUGUUGGUACCCAACAGCUAAGACUAUAUGUUCUGGCACCGUAUUUGGAAUGAGGGAAAGAGGGAAGGGAAGAGAUGCAUAAUAGUAAGUAACAGAUCAUUGGCAGCUGCCACAAUUUAAUACACUUUUGUAAUUUAGUCUCAAGAAAACACUAUACUUUCUUGACGCACUGUGCCAGAAAUUUUAUAAUAUAUUGUGUUUUGCUUUUUAAGAGUUCACAAGAGCCUGGCAGUUUUGCACAUUAAAGGAAGAUACUGAACCAUUCUAAUCCUUCUACUAAAAUAAUAUUAGCAAAUGAGAACAUCGAAUGAAAAUGUGCAAUUAACAGUUUAAGAGUAAUUACACAUAUUGAACAAAAACAAAAAUUAGUUAUUUUUAGAUACUUUCAAUUCCAUCAGUUUCAGUGGCAGGGGAUCAAGCACAUAAUUAACUGUCCACUAUUUCCUGUAAUUAAACAAUAUCUCUGAAAAAUAAUUCUGUAAGCUUUCUUUUGAGAUUUUUUUCCAUUUUUUUAAUACUUCCAAUUACAAUAAGGUAUUUGGGAAGUUCUAGAUACAUAGUUUAUCUCAAAUUAUACAGGUUUUUUUUUCAUAACUAGAAAGCAGAAUAAAGUGAGAAAUAGUGGUGGAAAUCUCCAGUGAAAAAAUAAUGAACGCAGAUGUGCUACAAUCAUUUAUUUAAUAUUUAAACCACUUUCAUGUUAUUUAUAUUGAGUUUUAUUAAAAUAUAAUUUGGUUGUUUUAUGGAAAAAUACCUGAGAUGUGCAUAUGAAAAUAUAAUUGAUACAUGAAUUACUUCAACUUCAAAAUUUCUGUUAUUCUAUAACUCAUUUUCUACUAAUAUUCCAAGAGGGCUACCAAUGACUAUUGUAAGGAAGUAUUUCUGAGUUUUAUUUUUAGUAUUACUUUUAAAUUGUUUUUUCAGAAAGUACAAGGCUCAGAAAGUCAUUUUGAUGCUGCUGGAAAAGUGUGACUAUUUAUAUUGGAAAAGAAUGGAAUUAAACAUAAUAUAUUUUACAGUCUUUUUAAUUAAAGUUGAUAACUUUAGUCGAUCCCAACAUACAUUAGAACCUAAUCCCAAAUAUCUUAAAUAAUUAUAUGGUAUUCUUACUAAUCCCAAGACACAUUUUCAAAAAAUACAUACAUAGAUUAAGCUGAGAUGUUGAUUGUGAUCCUACAGAUAACAUCACAUACAUAUACAGUAAUGUCAACGUGCAAUGAAACAUGUUUGGGCUUGCAUCUCUACAUGUCAGAAAGAUUUUAAGUCAGUUACAUCUUUUUCUUGGCUUGACACAGCUGCCCUCUGCAAUUGAUGUGAUCGCAGGAAAAUAUAUUUGGUUAAAGAAUUUCUGGCAGAUUCUAUAUAACACUUUAUGUUUCUAAAUCACAUUUCACCCUUUGAAUCUAGAUCAUCGCACAUAGUCCUAAUAAGCAACCUAGCUAUUACAACCAUUUAUUCAUGAUCUUACCCGUAGUAUGUAUCAUGGCCAUUAUUCUUAACGAGAAAUGCUGAUAGUAAAUUUUAUUCUUCAGAUUUAUAGUAACUUAUUAAAUUCUCCCAAGUCCAAAAAUCAAUUAAAAAGCCAUCAUAAAGAUACAGACCGGAUACAGCUAUAAACAUGUGCUCUCUCAUGUAACAGUGAAUUUCCCUGCCUCACAAAUUGUUAAUCUGCAUGUUAAAAGCUGCACAUGCAUACAUACGUUUUCCUGAUUUUCUUCUAACAAACUUUUAAUGACUCUCCUAAUCACAUAACCCAGCUGCAACUUCUCUCAUGACUUAAUAGCUUGGAAAUAAUUGUGAAGAAAUGCACCAGAAACCUGGGCAAAUUAUAGGGUGCAUGUCUGCGGGUUUACAGACUAUAUCCUGCUUUUUUUCCCUUUUCUUUAAAUCUGGGCUAAAUCAAACAUACAUCAAGUAUGCAUAUUAUAAAUAUGCUGCUCUGAGAUUCUUAGCAUAUGACCUGUGUAUUUCAAAAAUAGCCCAUAUUCUCUUGGGCUUCCAUCAUCCAACAAAAUUUCCUAAAAUAUAUUUGCUGGUUGCCAAGUAACACACAUUCCAUUAUAUAGGAAUCAAACGAUGAAAAGAAAUGUUAAGAAACCAUUUUGGAGUUGAGAAAUUGAUUCAGUAUUCUUAAUACAUGAACAAAAUGUUUUCCUAAACCGCUUGCAAUUUUUAAUUUUUACAUUUCCUCUUUCAAAAGAUAAAACACAUAUUCGUGCUAAAAGCUACAUAUUGUGUUAUCGUACCAUACUAUGUAACUUGUAAUAAAAAAUUUUUACAAGUGUGUAAAAUGUAUCAUUGUAUUACAGUUAGGAUCACUCAGGCAAAAUUUAGAAUUCUGUGGCGAGAAGGCUAAAAUCUGUAGUAAAGUAUAAUAUUUAACUGACAUGAAAUGAAAAUACUUUUAUUGGAAUUUGUUGUUUUAAAAAACCAGGUAGGAAAUCCAAAAUGUGUGUAUCAUUAUUCCAACUUGUGUAUUCCUUAAUUUGCUGCUAAAUUCAUUAGCAAUAUCAUGUGGUUUCAACCACUCGUUUACUCAAAUACACUUCCAUGUCAUGCUUUAAUUCCAUUUCUAAAUAAUAAAUGCUGCAGUAAUUUUAUAUUACUUGCUAUUUUCAUACUAUAAGGACAAUAUUUUCUAAGUUUGCAUAAUUCCCAUAAAGCAGCAAUGACAUAGAUAUUUGUUUUGAAAUUAAUGGGAAACAAUACAUGUAAAUAUCACUUUUUUUCUUAAAAAAACAGACCACUGUAAUAUACUUUAUGUAGUCAAGAUAAAAUUGAAAAUAUUAAUGUUAAAAAUGCUGAGUAUAUGAAUUGUUUGCUUUGCUUACAUUAUUUUGAUUAUUUUUGCCUCUGAAAACACUUUUGUACCACAAAUACUGGCUGAGUGUCUCUCUACUUUUUCUUCAACAUUUAAUUGCUGUACCAAGUUUUAAAACCCAAGGGAUUUUUUGUGAAUGUUUUAAAACGAAAUUAGAGUUUACAUAGCACUAGUUCAGCAUCUGUGUAAUAGCAAUGAGUUGCUACUACAGUAUAUGUAAACUUGAUAAUUAUUGCUAUUAUUAAGAGAUCCCAUAUUUCACUACAAUGAAAUUGGAUUUCCAACAUCUCCCUCAAUAAAAUGAGUACAAAUAAUUUAAAUAUAAGAUACUCAAAAGUAUCCCUCCAUUUACUUGAAAUGUUCUUCAAAAAACUUUAUUUAUACUAUCUCUCCUAAAAAGGAGAAUUGAAAGUAAAAAUAAUAAUGAAAAUGAAUUUAUUGCAAUUACAGCAUGUAGAAAUUAGUUAUUUAAUUUAUUACAGGUAGUCCUCAACUUACAACCACAAUUGAGUCCAAAAUUUGUGUUGUUAAGUGAGAAAUUUGUUAACUGAGUUUUGCCCCAUUUAUGACUUUUCUUGGGACAUUUGUUAAGUGAGUCACUGAAGUUGUUAAUUAGUAACAUGGUUGUUAAAUGAAUCUGGCUUCCUCGUUAUCUUUGCUUGUCAGAAGUUUGCAAAAGGUGAUCACAUACCCUGGGAUACUGCAGCCAUCAUAAAUAUGAACCAAUUGUCAAGCAUCCAAAUGUAAAUCACGUGACCAUGGGGAUGCUGCAACAGUCAUAAGUGUGAAAAAUGGACAUAAGUCACUUUUUUUCAGUGUCAACAGUCAUUAAACGAAGUGUUAUAAGUUGAGGACUACCUGUAUUAUGUAUUUGACUUACUGAUUAAUCUAAUCUAGAAACAAUUAUCAAGAAUCUUUGAAAAUCUCCAUCAAAAUGUUAAAAUAUUUUGGAAUAGAGAAGACAAUAUUCUCAAAAGCCAGGAUUCAAAAGACGAAGCUAUACAUAAAUGCCUUAUACCUUAUCACUUGAAGGGAUCAAGACAAUGAGCUUUUUCAACAUGAGGUUAUGAUAUAAACUCACAAUUCAACUAGACUUAUCAGACCUAUGUUACCUGUUACAUACCUGUCUAUGGUAACCAGAAAUAUCAACCAAGAAAGAGUUUAUGAAGGAAGCAGCAAAGAUCAGCUAUCAUAGUAAAAAAAACAAAUAAUGAACUCCAGGUUGAGGAAGCAACUAUUUGCCUUCUAGUAACCUAUUUGUAUUUCUUGACUCUGGAUUCUACUUUUGUUGAGUCUUGGAACAAAAGCAAGUCUCUUUUUCCUUGCAGAAAUCAAUGGAAUUGAAGCAAAUUCCAGGGCCUACUUUUGCGGUGGUGUAACUCUUGCAUGGUAGCUAAUCAUCAGAUGAAAAAACUGAUACGCAAGAUCCCAGUAAAGACAAGCCCAUGAUAGACCCAAAAUAUAAAAUUGAGCUGCUUGAAGAGUCUCACAGUCUCCCUUACAAUAAAACAGAUUUUCCCAUCCAAAGCAUUUGCUUUCUGAGAGAAUGCUACCCCUCCAGUGGACAAUAUAUAGAUGCUGGAACUAGACCAAGGGUUGGACAGUUUUAUCCAGAUUGCUGCUAAAGGAGUACAUAUUCUACUGAAGAGUAACAAAAAGGAUUUUCUAUUUUAAAGUACCAAUGACAAAGAUUUACCAGCACCAGUUCUGAUUAAUGCGUAGCUGAUACUAGAAUUCAGUAUGAUAAAGUAUAAAGUAGUUUUAAAUCUAGAAAAAAUACUUACAAAAAGAGCUUAAUGGCUCACUAUCAGGGGUGAAAUGCUGCCGGUUCUCCCGAUCCAGUAGCAAUGACAGCGGGUGGUUGUAGGAAAAAAUGCUUUUAAACAGCUCUGACAAUCCCAGCUAAGUUGCCUGAUCGUCAGAGGCUUUUUUUUCCUUUUAAAGGCAAAAAAAAAGCUUGUAAAAGAAAACAAAAGCCUUUGACGAUCAGGCAACACAGCUGGGAAGAGGUUGUAGAAAAAAUGCUUUAAAAAAGUUGGCCACGCUCACCCAGUCCCAUUACCCCCCCCAACAAGCCACGCCCACAGAACCAGUAGUAACGAAUUUUACAUUUCACCACUGCUCACUAGGUUGUGAAUUACCUAUUACUGGUGAUUACACAGUACUAGAAUGACAGAUGUUUGACCCCUGUAUAUAUCAGCUGUGAGAUAUUCCAGGAAAUUCAACUGUUGGAACAAGGACAGCACUGUUCAGGCCUCCCUUUUAUCCUACCAAUCCAGUCUAAUUUGUUCAGGGAGGGAAGGAGGGAGGGAAAGAAGGAAGGUUCAACAGAAGAAGAGGAAAUAACAAUGGUGAAGCAAUCAUCUAUUUAAAAAAUCAUUUAUCCACAGAAAAAGGUAAAUAUGGGGAGGAAGGAGAAUUGGGUGUGUUUGCGGCCUUGACUUAUUUAUAACAAAGGUGGGAUAUAAAUAAAUACAAAUAAAUAAAAAGCUAUAUCCCGUUUCUGUGCUGAAGAACUGAAUCAUUCUUCUCUACUGUAUAUUAAAUGGGCUGCACUUAGAAUAUUGCAUCCAAUUCUGGGCAGUGCGCUUUAGGAAGGAAAAUAGCAAAUAAGCGUAUUGAGAAGAGAACCACCAAGAUUACAGAAGGCCUGGGAAGAAAAUAAGCCUAUGAGGAAUGGUUGAAGUUAUUGGAUAUGUUUAGACAGGAAAAGAGAAAUAAGGGGAAACAAUACAAUAUAUGUUUGCAUAUAUCUGGAGGGCUGUCUUGUGUUCAGAAUUAUUCCAGAAGAUAGAAUAAGAUACAAUGGUUGUAUAAGGAAGUAGACUUUAUUCAGCUAGCAGGAGAAAAAUAUUAACUUUAAGAGCAAUUCAAUGACAAAAUAGGCUGCCUUAAGAAUUGUAACACAAAGGAUGUAUACAGGCAGUCCCCAGGUUAUGAACAAAAUCUGUUUUUAAGUCUCUCUUUAACUUGCUGUAUAUUAAAAACAUGCAGCUUCAGCAAUUCAUGAAAACAUUGUGCGGCUUCAGCAGUUCAGCUCAAGGAAGGAAAAUGCCAUUCACUAGUUUUAGUAGUAGGCAGCCAAUUCAUAAGUGUAAAUUAUCUGUAAAUUGGAUGUUCUUAUGCUGGGGACUUCCUGAUAGUUAAAAACUGAGAUGACAUUCAUCAGGACCUAUCCAUGGUUGUUAAAAUUCCCAGAAUAUGGGAAUUCAAUCAGCAGAUGCAGUAGGCAAUCCUGGAAGAGGAUUGAGGGGUGAGGUGAACAGUUAGCAUUGGCUUACUCAGAUGAGCUCUGUUCAACAGGGGUAUCAAACUGGUGGCCCAUGGGCCAGCUGGGUCAGAUGCAGGCCAUGCCCACCCCAGUUCCACAAAUGGGAAAACCAUGAAACGGCACAUGACAGCAAUGUGACACGGCCAUUUUGACACCCUUGCUGUUCCACAAUAGCUUGUGAGAAAAAUGCACCAAACAAUUUCAUGGGAACAAUAGAGCUGUGUAUGUUAAAUUCCAUCAAAUUGCAAUAGACAAAAAGGUCAGCUUCAUCUGCCAAAUACCCUCUCCUUGAGCUGACUAUUAUGGAUUAGGAGGA